AGUCCAAGAAAUGUCAAACAGAGUUUGACUUCGUAGAACUUCUUUAGCUGGAUGAAAAAUGCUAGAGGAUUUUGGUGACUAGGGGUUCUGGCUAUCAUUGGGUUUGUGCUUCUGUGACCUCAAUACGUGCAUUUGACUUCCAUCUGCUUCUGAUUCAGUGUACUGUUGGUUUGCUGGUAGUUGGUGACCACUAACCUGUGCAAGGGACUCGAAUCUUCAGGAGUUCCUAUUGCUUCGGGUACGGGUUUUGGGGUUUCUUCUUUGGCUGAGGGGGGGGUCUAAGGAGUUGACGAUGAUGAUGGUUUCUGGGCAGUCGAACAAUUAGGAUUGGCGUAGAAGAUGUGGGAACAGCAAGCGUGAUGCCGAGCUUCGAUUCUCAAUUACCUAUUUCCAAUGCGCUCGUUCUAUGGCGUAACAACUUGGGUGGCUUAAUUUGGAGAAUGCUUUUCAGUUGUACCGAGGGAAAUGCAAUCCAUUCUUUUCGCGUUUCUGAUUUCGGGGCGUUUGAGCAAUCGAUUGGAUUUCGCUUAGAGGAUGCUGUUGACCUGACUGGAAAUACUGUGCAUAGUUCUACAAAAGUAAGUGGGCAAGUAGUGGCUUCCAAUCCCCUUCAUAUUGGCACCUUCGAUAAGUCGCCGAGUUCAGUUGAUAUAAAUUCAUCUGCCUUCCGCGUGGAGCGCCAGAGGUUGCCUUUAGAAAAGGGUCAAGCAUCAAAUCUUAUUUCUAUAUCAAGUGGUCAUAUAGAGAACUGGGAAGAGUCUGCCAUGGCUGAUGCGAGCCCUAGGACUGAUAUAUCAACAGAUGUGGAUACAGAUGAUAAGAAUAACAGGUUUGAUAGAGUCAUUGCUAAUAUGGCAUCUGAUUCCAGUGACAGAUCAAAGGAUAAAACGGAUCAGAAGACUCUCCGCAGGCUUGCUCAAAAUCGGGAGGCUGCAAGAAAAAGCCGAUUGAGGAAAAAAGCAUAUGUCCAACAGCUGGAGAGUAGCCGUUUGAAGCUGACCCAACUAGAGCAGGAGCUUCAACGAGCAAGACAGCAGGGAAUCUUCAUAUCAAGCUCAGGAGACCAAGCCCAUUCAAUGAGUGGAAAUGGGGCCAUGGCAUUCGAUGUGGAAUAUGCACGAUGGCUGGAAGAGCAAAAUCGACAAAUUAAUGAACUGAGAUCAGCAGUCAAUUCUCAUGCAAGUGAUGCAGAGCUACGUAUCAUUGUUGAUAAUAUCUUGGCACACUAUGAUGAGAUUUUUAGGCUGAAGGGCAUUGCAGCCAAGGCUGAUGUUUUCCAUUUGUUGUCUGGCAUGUGGAAAACACCUGCAGAGAGGUGUUUCUUGUGGCUUGGUGGUUUCCGUUCAUCUGAGCUCCUAAAGCUUCUUGCAAAUCAUUUGGAGCCUCUGACAGAGCAACAACUGGUGGGCAUUAACAACUUGCAGCAGUCAUCCCAACAAGCGGAAGAUGCAUUAUCUCAAGGGAUGGAGGCAUUGCAACAAUCCCUGGCUGAGACAUUGUCAAGUGGAUCUCUUGGUUCCUCAGGUUCAUCUGGGAAUGUGGCAAACUACAUGGGUCAAAUGGCCAUGGCCAUGGGUAAACUAGGGACCCUUGAGGGGUUCAUUCGCCAGGCGGACAAUCUUCGGCAACAAACAUUGCAACAAAUGCACCGUAUAUUGACAACACGCCAGUCUGCUCGUGCUCUUCUUGCGAUACAUGACUAUUUUUCCCGGCUACGAGCUCUUAGUUCCCUCUGGCUUGCCCGCCCAAGAGAGUGAACGCCCUUCUCUUCUCCAAAGCUGACUGAUGACACUAUGGAUCCUGAAAUUGAAAAAGAAAUUUCUCGUGUUGUAGUCUUAGAAUUCCAGUGUAUUGUUGUUAUCAGUAUUGCUUUGUCCGUCAUGUUAAGUCAUUGUAUGAUCUAGAAACGAUAUUGUCAAUGAGCUACAUGUAUCUUGUUUGCUAUCAAUAAUAAUGCUAUUAUUUA